UUCCCGGUCCAAACUACGAAACCGGACAGCGGACCUUUGGUCGGCUGCAGUUGGACUAAACUAAAGUAACGGCAGCGGGGGGGGGAUGGCGGCUGAGGCGGAACCGAGCCGCGGUUCGUUUCCGGUUUCUGGGGUCGCGAUAGCAGUGGUGUCAAGUUUCAUCAACGGCUCGACUUUUGUGCUCCAGAAAAAAGGAAUAUUACGGUCACGCGACAGAGGAGUUUCGUACCUCACAGAUGUGGUUUGGUGGAGCGGCACCUUGUCCAUGAUCGUUGGUCAAAUUGGGAACUUCCUGGCCUACAACGUGGCCCCCGCUGUGAUCGUGACCCCCCUGGGGGCCCUCGGGGUGUUGUUUGGGGCCGUGCUGGCGUCCUGGAUCCUGGGGGAGCAUUUGACCCUGCAGGGGAAGCUGGGCUGUGCGCUGUGCUGCUGUGGCUCCGUGGUGCUCAUCAUUCACGCCCCUCGAGCCGAGGGGGUCGCGUCCCGGCUGGACUUUGAGGCCCGGCUGUCAGACCCAGUGAUGGUGGCGUACGGCGUGCUGGUGGUCCUGGUGCUGGUGGUCCUGGUCGUGUGGGUGGCUCCGGCUCACGGCUCCUCCAACGUCCUGGUCUACGUGGCCAUAUGUUCCCUUUCGGGCAGCUUCACCGUCCCCAGCAGCAGAGGCCUCGGCCUGGUGGCUCCGGACGUCUUCGGGGCGGCGGCGAGCGGCGGCGGCGGGGCGCUGCCCCUCUUCCUGGGGUUGCUGGCCACGCUGGCCGUCUGCGUCCUGGUCCAGUUCUUCUUCAUCACCAAGGCCCUGCAGAGCUUCAGCUCCAACGCCUUCGAGGCCGUCUACUACGUGGCCUUCACGUGCAGCGCCACUCUCGCCUCGGCGCUGCUCUUCAGGGAGUGGGCGGAGCUGACCGUGGGCAGCGGCGCCGCCCUGCUGGGCGGUCUGACCACCGUGUGCGUCGGCGUGGUGCUGCUGCGCGUCUCCCAGGAGGCCUCCGUCACGGGGAGGAAGAAGAAGACCGAGUGAUGAGGAGGAGACGAGUGAUGAAGAGAAGUGAUGAAGAGGAGUGAGUAGGAGGAGGCGAGUGAUGAAGAGGAGGAGGAGUGAUGAAGAAGAGGCCGCGCUGACUUUAUCACAACAACGUUCAUACGAUCAAAGCGUUUCUAGAACAAGGGUUUUAUUUAUGUUUAUCUUCAUGUGUGUUUCAUUUGUUUAUCAAAGGGAAGAACACAAAACAGAAUCACUGACAUACAAUAAUAACAAUAAUAAUAAAACCACAGCUCAAUAAACACAAAGGAAGGUUUAAAGGUCAAAGCCUGAUAAAACUAAACAAUAUAUGAAACAAUAACAAAACAAUCAAUACGAAAAUAACUAAGAAAUACAAUUAAUUAAAGAAAACAAUUCACUAAAAUGUAAUAAUAUCCAUAUUGAAAUAAAGCACUGAAGCGAUCACAUGAAGCCAGUUUUAAGAAGUGAUUUAAAAGAUUAUAAAGAAAGAAAAGAAACGAGACAGAACAAAGUAAACAAUGUAUAAAACUAUUAUUGUUAUUAUAGUUGUAGAUACUGAGGUGGUUAUGUAAAUAUUUAUAACUGAUAAAGAAAUGAGAAAGACUGAGCACAUAAAUAAAAUAAUGAAGUUAACAAGUUUCACUGAACAUUUUUAGUUACUGUGUAACUCAAAUAUCAAAGAUAAUAAAACGUUUAAUAACUUCAUAAAUAAU